CCCUCUCAUACACUCUCCUCCUCCCACCAAUUAUUCUUCGUUCUUAAAUCAAAGGUACCUCAGUCUUUCUUUUCUCCCAGGACCGGAUAGUUCCAGGCCAUCAGCCCAGUCGUUCACCCCAGGAAUCCUUCAGGUAGAGAUCAGUCGAGAUGGAGAAAGGUUAUCCCGGGGAUGGUACUUCCGCCCCUCACCCAGAACCUCCCAUGAACUAUGGGGGGAUAGCCACGGGCCAGGGCCCCCAGCCAGGCUUGUACCCCCAGCCCCCAGGCGGAUACCCUGCCUCCCCUGUUCCUCCACAACCAGGGUUCCAGCCUGGUCCCUACCAGGGAGGUCCCCAAGCAGGUGUGUACACACCUCCACCACAGUACACCUCUGGACCAGGUGGACAGGGGCCAGUCGUGACCCAGGUAAUAAUGACUCCUAGCCUGAUGGAGGUCGGCGGUUCGACCAUGUGUCCCCACUGCCAGCAGCACGUGGUCACCAAGACAGAGACCAACCCUGGCCUGCUCACCUGGCUCAUCUGUGGUGGCCUCUUCAUUGUUGGGUGCUGGCCAUGCUGCGCCAUCCCUUUCUGUGUAGACUCCUGUAAAGACGUGAAUCACAGCUGUCCCAACUGCAACAAUAUCAUCUACGUCUACAAACGCAUUUGAUAUUAAUUUGACUGUACUACCUUUAUCUGAAGGACUGGGACAUGGCACCUCAAUCAAAUCAACAUUUCUGUAAAUGUAUGAGGUUCGUAUUCACUAGGGCAUAUGAUGUUGGAAAAUGUUUUACAACGAAGAAACAAAAACAAAUUCUUAUUGGACAAGUCCAGAUAGUCCCUCCCUUUUUCAGUCCAUUUUCUUCCAUUUGGUGCCUAAUGAAUACAACCCAGGGGUAGCCAAAAGGGUUAUGUCUAUCCUAUAUAGUCCCUGAGCAGGUGGUGAGCUUCCCUCAGCUCCACAAAAUACUACAUAAUAUAUGCCAUUUAGCAGAUGCUUUUAUCCAUUUUUGUAUGGGCUGUCCUAGCGGAAAUUCAAACCCACACGUGCCAAGCUCCAUCAGGUCCCUGGCCAGACUUGACCCUUGUAGUGACUACCAAAGAGAAUCCUGAUACCAAAGACUGGUAGUAGCUGCGCUAUAGUUGUUUCACUGUAGUUCUGUACUCGUCUGAAGUCCAUGAAAGUAAAGGAACUUCUAAACCACUCUACUUAUUGUAAUAUUGUUACAUUGAGAUGUAUAUAUCACCAUCAUACUUCUUAUUGUAAUAUUGUUACAUUGAGAUGUAUAUAUCACCAUCACUUCUUAUUGUAAUAUUGUUACAUUGAGAUGUAUAGAUCACCAUCACUUCUUAUUGUAAUAUUGUUACAUUGAGAUGUAUAUAUCACCAUCACUUCUUAUUGUAAUAUUGUUACAUUGAGAUGUAUAUAUCACCAUCACUUCUUAUUGUAAUAUUGUUACAUUGAGAUGUAUAUAUCACCAUCACUUCUUAUUGUAAUAUUGUUACAUUGAGAUGUAUAUAUCACCAUCACUUCUUAUUGUAAUAUUGUUACAUUGAGAUGUAUAUAUCACCAUCACUUCUUAUUGUAAUAUUGUUACAUUGAGAUGUAUAUAUCACCAUCACUUCUUAUUGUAAUAUUGUUACAUUGAGAUGUAUAUAUCACCAUCAUACUUCUUAUUGUAAUAUUGUUACAUUGAGAUGUAUAUAUCACCAUCACUUCUUAUUGUAAUAUUGUUACAUUGAGAUGUAUAUAUCACCAUCACUUCUUAUUGUAAUAUUGUUACAUUGAGCUGUAUGUAUCACCAUCACUUCUUAUUGUAAUAUUGUUACAUUGAGCUGUAUGUAUCACCAUCACUUCUUAUUGUAAUAUUGUUACAUUGAGAUGUAUAUAUCACCAUCACUUCUUAUUGUAAUAUUGUUACAUUGAGAUGUAUAUAUCACCAUCAUACUUCUUAUUGUAAUAUUGUUACAUUGAGAUGUAUAUAUCACCAUCACUUCUUAUUGUAAUAUUGUUACAUUGAGAUGUAUAUAUCACCAUCAUACUUCUUAUUGUAAUAUUGUUACAUUGAGAUGUAUAUAUCACCAUCAUACUUCUUAUUGUAAUAUUGUUACAUUGAGAUGUAUAUAUCACCAUCACUUCUUAUUGUAAUAUUGUUACAUUGAGAUGUAUAUAUCACCAUCACUACUUAUUGUAAUAUUGUUACAUUGAGAUGUAUAUAUCACCAUCACUUCUUAUUGUAAUAUUGUUACAUUGAGAUGUAUAUAUCACCAUCACUUCUUAUUGUAAUAUUGUUACAUUGAGAUGUAUAUAUCACCAUCAUACUUCUUAUUGUAAUAUUGUUACAUUGAGAUGUAUAUAUCACCAUCACUUCUUAUUGUAAUAUUGUUACAUUGAGAUGUAUAUAUCACCAUCACUUCUUAUUGUAAUAUUGUUACAUUGAGAUGUAUAUAUCACCAUCACUUCUUAUUGUAAUAUUGUUACAUUGAGAUGUUUUGUUAUUCCACUCUUGCAGUCGUUCCCUUACCGAUCCUGUUCUCUUUUUUUUCCUCUGAACGUUCUACUACUCAUUUGUCAUAAAAGACCAUUGUCAAUAAUUACAAUGGAUCUUAUGGUUGUCUUUUCACUUCCUGUCUAGUUGCUCUGUAAAGCUCUGAUUAAAAGUUGCCUGUAUUGAA